CUCUGUACCAGCCACACUUUGUCAGUUUACUUUCUCGUCCUCUUACCCUGUCUCUCCCUCUCUCUCUCUUCGCUGUUUUCUCUUUCCGCUGAUGCUGACCCAGCCGCCUGCCUGCCUGCCUACUGCCCGCCACACCUUUUUUUUUAUUUUUCGGAGAGGCUUUUGCCGUGCUGUAAAACGGGAAUCUACACAAGCACACGCUGCUUUUGAUUAAGUGGAAAAUUCUUGUCUGAGCAAGGUAUUUGGGUCGUAGACGUACCAGGCAGCAAAGAUGCUUCAGGAGAUUAAGGAAAUGGGCUCACACGCCUUGGAUAUCUAUGACUACCUCGUGGCGGGAAUUGAUCCACGGCUGUUGUCGUACCCGCUGAUGCAGAGUCCUAUUCCCAUGACUUUAAUAUUGCUGUGCUACCUGUUCUUUGUACUGUACCUGGGACCGCGCAUAAUGGCCAAUCGCAAGCCCUUCCAGCUAAAAGAAGCCAUGAUAGUGUACAACUUCUUACUAGUGGGGCUGUCUAUAUACAUUGUCUAUGAAUUCAUGAUGUCUGGUUGGGCCACAACAUACACUUGGCGAUGCGAUGCAAUCGAUACCUCGAACAGCCCUCAAGCACUACGAAUGGUCCAAGUGGCUUGGCUGUUCUGGUUUUCUAAGAUCAUUGAGCUUAUUGACACAAUAUUCUUUGUGUUGAGGAAAAAGCACGGCCAGAUCACUUUCCUACACAUCUUCCACCACUCCUUCAUGCCCUGGACCUGGUGGUGGGGGGUCGGCUACGCUCCCGGUGGAAUGGGUUCAUUCCACGCCAUGGUGAAUUCUUCCGUCCACGUUAUCAUGUAUUUCUACUAUGGCCUCGCUGCUGCUGGACCACGCUUCCAGAAGUUUCUGUGGUGGAAGAAAUACAUGACUGCCAUUCAGCUGACCCAGUUUGUGCUGGUUUCUCUCCAUGCCACCCAGUAUUACUUCAUGGACAGCUGCGACUACCAGUUCCCGGUCAUCCUCCACCUCAUCUGGAUGUACGGAACCUUCUUUUUUGUGCUUUUCUCCAACUUCUGGAUCCAGGCUUAUGUAAAAGGAAAACGGUUGCCAAAACAGAGCGCCAAGCCAUGUCAGAACGGCACCGCUGUCUACACCAACGGCAAACACCAUGAGCACGGCAACGGCAUCAGCCACGGAGCCACCAACGGCACCAGCAAUGGCUCCGCCCACCACGAGAACGGCAGUGCUCACAUGGGCAAAAUGAAGAAGGCCUAGGGCCUCUGGAAGGAAACACCCAAGAAGAAUGACCUCGAGAACCUGUUGAAAUGGAUUCCAAAGAUGAUUUUGGCUGUGUUUCUAUUCCUGUUUUUAGUUGUAAUUAUAAAACAUGGGGAAAUGACGUGGUCAAUGAUUUCCACAGUGGGGGGCCCACUUUUGGUUGGUUUGUUGGUUUGUUUCUUUGAGUUGGGGAACCAUCUAUGGAACACAAUGUAUGAAGAGAAGAUGUUUUGACCUACAUGUUAUCUUCACUGAUGUUACAAACAGCCUCUUAGUUCAGUAUCACAACGGUGGCCUUACACCCUCCUUUCCUCACUACUUAUCUGACCCCCAUGUCCUCCUGCCCCCCCUGUGGACAGAUGACUGUACAGUUUCUAUCAAACUUGAAAAUACUUUCUGUAAAUAGUUUUACAAUAGAAAAAAACUAAUUGUAUUGGUAUGCUUUAGACUUUCUAAAUUUUGUUACAUUGUGUAUUUAAAAUUAAAAUGCCAAUAAAUUCAAUUUUAAAUUAUGUUGUA